AGAUUCAUACAAUAUUGAAUCGAACGCCAAGGAACGGUGGUUUCAUUAGAGUUCACAUAAAACACAACUCAGAUUGUGAAGCAUUUCGGCAAUUCGUUCGGCAGUUUAUGUGGGGCACUUUUUACCAACAAAUAAAUGUUUGGCAAUAGCCUCUUGCUGCAAACCACCCAAAAUAAGAGAACCCUUUCCCACUAAUCAGACGAUGUCGUAAUUCGUUGUGUUCCUUUGACCUACACUGCUCCACAACCUAUCAGCAGCAGCGGGUGACCGUGGUGGUCCGUUGCGUUCGCUUAUCUGCUGCACUCCCCAAAAAAUAAGCGAUAGAACCAGAAAAAUCUGGACCUCCAAAAAGAAGCCAGUACCAGCGGCAAGAAGAUUGCAGAGGCCAAACCUAGAACCCUAUAUAAGACCACGCUCGUGGUCCAAGAACAACAUAGUUCAAGCUUGUCGGGCAAAGAAUAACCCUCGUUGUUGUCUCAAGUUACCAAUUCGCCUCUGUUAUCAAAGAUGAAGUUCCUGUGGCUGAUCACCUUUCUGCUGGCUCUCGUCGGCAUGAUUGCGGGCGAUGCCGCUUGCCCGAAGGGAUUUACAUCGCAGCACAACAAGUGCGUUAGCAAACGCCCAGUACAUGGCGACUGCCCGAAGGGUUCGUCCUACAGCGCUAAGCUGAACCUGUGCGUUCAUAACUAGAAAUAAAGGAGCGGUUUUAAUGUAAUCGUCUGGUUAUUCUCGAUUUUCUACCAUUUAACGAAGCAUUUGUUAACCGUCCGAUGAAUAAGCUCACAAUGUUGAUCUUCCAUCGCCGAAUAGUGCAAGGUGUUGCAC